GUGUCUAUGGUCCGCGUCUUUUCUCCAAGUUUGUGAGACAACAGCAUAAUAAUUUCUGGAUCUUUUGAUCCGUUUUAAUGGCUGCCUCGUUGCGCGAUUGAAUGGUUGCCUUAAUUUAAACAUGAGUGAUUAUUCUUCUAUGGCUACGCUUCAAAACAAUAGCCAACCGGGGGGAUUUGCGGCUGCUGUACAACGUGCUAGACUGGUUGCAGCUAAAAUUGAAGGUGGUGGUAGUAAAAGGUCAUUGGAAGAAGGACCGGAACCGAUCGCAAAGAAACAAGCUUCACUGGACUCUUAUCCGAUUCAGCCCCCACCACAACAACAACCACCAGUGAUGAGUGUGACGGCAGCAGCUGCGACGCGGAUCCCCAAUCCCGCGGUCGCGCCCGCUCCCCCUUCCGCACCCCCCAACAUGAUGUCAGACCAACCCAUCAACGAGUAUAUUCGAGUACCAGACAAGAUGGUCGGACUCAUCAUAGGACGCGGUGGUGAGCAGAUAACGCGCUUGCAAGCGGAGUCCGGCUGCAAGAUCCAGAUGGCUCCUGAUUCGGGCGGUCAACCAGACAGGCUCUGCACUCUCACUGGCUCACGGGAAGCCAUCACUAGGGCUAAGGAACUAGUAAACCAAAUUGUUAAUCACCGCGGUCGUGAAAAUGCGCCCCAACACCAGGAUAACCCCGGUGGUGGGAUGCCGCCUAUCAACAGGGGGGGCGGCGGUGGAGGUGGAGGCGGCCUCGCUACCACGGAUGAAAUAAUGCUACCUGGUCCCAAAGUGGGUCUUAUCAUAGGCAAGAAUGGUAAAACUAUCAAGCAACUGCAAGAGCAGUCCGGAGCUAAGAUGGUGGUCAUACAGGACGGACCAAACACUGAAUAUGAGAAGCCACUCCGUAUAUCCGGUGAUCCAUCAAAAGUGGAACAUGCAAAGCAGCUAGUGUAUGAGCUACUGGCAGAUAAAGACAUGCAACAAGCGGGUGGUCAGAGACCCUACGAUGAUGGAGGGUACCAACAGGAACAGGGCAAUGGAUUGGCUACCAAUUCAACUGAGGUGUUAGUGCCAAAAGUAGCAGUCGGUGUUGUGAUUGGACGUGGUGGAGAUAUGAUCAAGAAGAUCCAAGCUGAGACUGGCUGUCGGGUCCAGUUUCACCAGGAAAGAGAUGAUGGUCCUGGUGAUAAGAGGUGCUACUUACAAGGCAAGCCUCAUCAAGUAGAACAAGCGAGGCAGAUGAUUGAAGAUUUAAUCGCAAGCGUCAAUCGCCGUGCCCUGGCGAUCCGCGCGGGGCGAGGGCGCGGCGCGCGCGCCGGCGCCGGCGCCGAGCGCGACUACCAGUGGAGCGAGCCCGGCCCGGAGGUGCGCGUCACCUUCACCGUCUCCAACGUCAAGUGCGGCCUCAUCAUCGGCCGAGGUGGCGACGUGAUAAAACAAAUCAACGCCCAGUCGGGGGCACAUUGUGAACUAGACCGUCGCGCGCAAAACAGCGACCGCAACAACCGCACCUUUUAUAUCCGCGGACACCCCGACGCAGUGGAGCACUGCAAGCGGAUCAUCAUGGAGAAAGUUGGCACUCCGGUGAACUUCAUCCCGGACAACGGUAACGGUGGCAACAAUGGAGGCGGCGGUAGUAACAAUGGUAACGGGGGUGACUACUAUGGCGCGGCCCCGGCCCCCGGUCCUCCCGCUUGGGGUUACAAUCCCCAUUGGCAUCACCAGCAACAGCAUCAACCACAGCAACAAGUCCAAAUAAACCCGGCGACUGGUCAGCCAGACUACUCGCAACAGUGGAUUGACUACUACCGAUCUCUCGGACUAAUGCGAGAGGCUGAAGCUGUGGAGCAACAGACCAAGCAACAACAGCAACAGCAAGUGGCAGCGCCCGCCGCGCCCGCCGCCGCGGCGCCUUCACCCGCCGCGUCCGCCUCGCCCGCGCCCGCCGCCGACUACAGCGCGCAGUGGGCCGAGUACUACCGCGGCAUCGGCAAGGUCAAGGAGGCCGAGGCCAUCGAGGCUCAGAUCAAGAUUAAGCAACAACAGCAACAAACACAGCCAGCGGCCACUCCACAGCCGACCCCACAAGCGACACCUCCCAACCCCACCCCGCCUACAUCAAACGCGGGGGUCCAGUACGGGCAAUAUGGCGUGUAUCCACCGGUAUACCCUGGAUACCCCUACCCCUACCCUGGGGUACCCCCGGCCCCCGACGCGCCGCAACACCACCAGUAAACAACUGAUGAAUAUUAUACCGAGACCGGCCGGACCGCGCGAUACGGAACCGAGAAGAUACCUCUUCAUUGUAGAUCAUAAAGUUAUAUUAUAAGCACCUAUCUUAUCACCCACAAUAAAUAAUAGUCAAAUCAAAAUGUUUAUUUGCACACUACAUAUUAUGUAUCUUUAUUUCUUGUGGGUCACGUCAAUAAAUAUUGUGAAAUUUAUCUAGAGUAUGAGAUUAUUUUUUACGUCAAACCGCUUCCAUAUAUACAUGAAACAUUCACGGCCGUGUGGUACUUCCUUGAUUUUUAAUUGCACCUGUGUUUACACCUGUGUCGUUUAACGUAUAUAAUUAACAACGAAUAUCUUUGUAUAAUUCUGUGCCGAUAUUGAUCAUUGACGUGCCAGUUUGUCCAGGUUUAAACUUUUAGAAUGCCACACUGCCUAAAAAGAUGUAACAGAGAGAUCCGACGGAGCAAUAGAAUGAGACAGAGAGUGAAAAAUGAGAGCGUAAUGAGAGAGACAGAGAUACUUCGCCGCUGCGAGGACUCGAGGUAAAUGCACUGUAUCGAGUGACUAGCUUACUACCCACAAUGUUAGUCCUAUGAGAAUAAUAUGACUUGUGUAAUCUCAAACUUCGAAUGAGGAGACCAGCGGGUUUGCGCUCGAAGAUAAUUUAUUAUCUUCACAUUGAUUCAAUUGUUACUUAUAAGUAAGCGUUUAACUAGAAAUACUCCGAAUCCGCAUUAAAUUAGAAAUACUCCGCAUUCGAUGUCUCACAAUAAACGAUGUAUAAUUUUAAGUUAGGUAUCACAUGUUAGGAUGUCGUCGUGACCUCUCUCGACAGCUCGCUCAUUAGGUAACUUAAAAUUCGACUAACAGAAAUAUAGAAUCGUAACUUAGUAUAUGUAUUUUUAAUUAUUAAAAUUAGCUUUGGUAAAAAAAUAAUUAAGGUACGGAGGGAAUUAUCCAAACGCUGAAGUUGAACGCGAUAUGGAGCAACAUUCCUGGAAAAAUUGUUUUUAACAGUAUAAGAUCAGUGGAAGGACCGUUCGUUUACGGGGAAGUCCCGUCUAAUUGUAUUAAUAUUAAGAUAUAAAGUGUAUGUUAAUUGA